AUGACACUGGAAGAUACGGAGUACUGGCUCGGCCAUCCUGAGCUUCAAGGCAUGGUGGCUCAUUUCAUGGCAAAAGGCGGUCGCCAGGAGUGGGGGAGCAUUCGGCGAGCAGCAGCGGCGGCAAUGGGCAGCCAGAUCACCAGCUAG